CCUCUCUCUCUCUCUCUCUCUCUCUCUCUCUCUCUUCCCAUUCCUUAAUCCCUUUACCCUGUCUGAAACUUUCAAGCACCUACACAGGCUACAAUAUAACUCUCCCUCCUCUCUUCUCCCUUGUAAUACCAGACCACACACCAUGAGAGCAGCAGCAGUUCACAACUUCCUUUGCUUCUCCUCCUCCCCCUCCUCAUCCAAUGACCAAACAGUGCCACUUUCAAACACCCAACAAGCUAGCCACCUCUCAACAACAAAAACCAAGAAUCUUGCACCAAAGAUCCUACUUUCAUCAUCAAGCCCAUCAGAGAUUUCAGUCCAAUUCAAAGAGAAGAUACUCUGCCUUGAGAUAAUGGGUGUUGAUGCAGGAAGAGCUCUCUCCCUCAAUCCUUCUCUCCACACUGCUUCCCUCCACUCCAUCAACUCAAUCAUCUCUUUCCUUCAAUCAAAAGGCAUCCACCAAAAGGAUUUGGGCAGGAUCUUUGGUAUGUGUCCUAAGAUUCUCACCUCCAGCAUCAAAGAUGAGCUAGUUCAUGUAUUUCAGUUCCUCUCUCAGGAUCUCAAAGUCCCAGAUCAUAACUUUAGGAAAGUUGUCAACAAGUGUCCUAGGUUACUGGUGUCAAGUGUAAAGGACCAGCUGAAACCAGCUCUGUUUUAUCUCCAGAGGCUUGGGUUCAAGGAUUUGGAGGCACUUGCUUAUCAGGAUCCUGUGUUAUUGGUCUCUAGUGUGGAGAACACCCUAAUCCCCAAGCUGGAUUACCUUGUGAGCUUGGGAUUUUCAAGAGAGGAUGCAGUGGGGAUGGUUCUGAGGUGUCCUGGGCUGUUCACUUUCAGUGUGCAGAACAAUUUUAAGCCCAAGUUUGGGUAUUUUGUUGAGGAGAUGGGGGGAAGCUUGGAAGAAUUGAAGGAGUUCCCUCAGUACUUUGCUUUUAGUCUGGAGAAAAGGAUAAAGCCUAGGCACAAGGAGGCUGUCGAGAAUCGGCUAAAGGUGGUGGUGCCUUUGGCAGUGAUGCUUAAGAGCACAGAUGAACAGUUCAAAGAGUUGAUUAGGCAAGGAGGACAAUGAGGCUUGUUUGGUGUGGGGUGUGAGGAGGUUUAGAGAGAGAGAGAAAGAGAGAGAGAGGAGCAUUACAACUGUGAAAAAUAACUUUAAUUUCUACUUUGGUAUUAGAUUUCUAAUGAAGUUUCUCAUGAUGCUAGCCAAACCAUAUUAGGAGGGAUAAAUAUUUUUAUGAGCUAAUUUUCACCCUAUAGCCUUGGGAAACAUGUGUACUUGAAGUCAUUCUAUAUUUAUUUAAUUAUUUUAUGGAGAUUAA